UGGCCUUGGCUCUACCCUUGGUGCUCUGGCUUCUGUUUUUCUUGGAACCCAGGCUUUUCCUAGUGGGCUGUGACAGGCUGCCCCUGGCUUUGUCUUGCAUGCUGCCUUUGGCAGGAGUCCCUGUCCCAGCUCCAACUCCACAACUUGGACUCUGGCCACUUGGCCAACACUCUGGCCAGGCCAGCCCUGGCCCCACGGGGUGCGUGAAGGAUUUGAGCAGAGAUGACAGGCCAGGGUGGCCUGUUCACAGAAGUUCCUCUGUGCAGAUUGGCAUCUGAACUGAGUUGUCAUCUGUAAUGGCCACAGGGAUUACUUGAAAGGGUGUGCCAGAGAGUGAGUCGGGACCUACCCAGGGAAUCCAGUGUAGCUGGAAUCUUGGCAGAGAAAACAAAGAAUUUUGUCAGCCGAAAUCUUGUUAUGGGAAAAGUCCUCUCCACAGUGGACAUGGCCACAGGAGUCCAGUGUGGAAUCAUUUUUUAGCUCUUUGGUGGUGCAGCCAGGAAUCUCAGGAGCCCAAGACAUGUAAUUAAGUGGCUUCAGCCACUCCCGGCGCAGAAAUACACUGGGAUGUUUGCAGUGACUGCUCUGGGGCAGUGCAAGGGGAUUUAGACCAAAGCCACCUUUGACCUCUCUGCACAGGAGUUUGUAAUCGACACACGUGAAAACGCUCAGAAGAUGCACAUUGGAAAUGCGAUGUAUGAGGAUUAUGCAGCCGUCUUUGCCCAGCUCAUCGAAAUGGGACCUCCCUCGGGGCCCCACUGUUUCAUUGUUCCUGUCCACGAUAAGAACAGAGGCUUAUACCCCAGAAUGACAGCUACUGACAUGAUGUACAAGGAAGGUUUGCUUGGUGUGGAUAAUGGGGUUUUAAUAUACAAGGUUCGGAUACCAAGGGAGAACCUGCUGGAUAAGUUCGGUUCUAUGGCUCCAGAUGGCCAGUACCACUCCCCUAUUAAGAACAAGAGUGCACGGUUCAAUGCAAUGCUGGCAGUGCUCACCCCUUCGAGAUUAGCUGUGACUUUCCAAGCUAUGGGUCCCAUGAAGCUUAGGUUGAUGAUAACUAUUUGCUGUAGCCACAGCCGGAGGCAGUUUGGGCCCGAAGCCAAGGAAGAGGUUGAGAUCAUUGCACACCGAACACAGACCCCGCGGCUGAUGCCUCACCUGGCCACAGCCUGGGCCCUGACCUUCGCCAGCAGAUUCGCCCGGGUCCUCCUGGACGACGACGCCUUCCUCUGGAAGGAGUUUGUCAGCAGCUGCUCACUGCAGGCUUUGGCAGCGGGACUGAAGGCCUGCAGCACCUGCGAGGCGGUCAGCUGCUUGCAGGACUGCCGCGAGUGCACCGGGGGCAUGGUUGCUGUGCGGGAACUGCUGGCUCAGUACAGCAGACAGUAUGAACACAGACCACUCUUGAGUCUCCUCUGACACUGGGCUGAGUCUGCGCGUGACAAGCUGAGAACCAGUUUCCUGGCAUUAAACAUGGACAUGGUCAGUAAUCUCGCCUUUCUGUUGAAAGCAGUGAAUUUUCACAAAAGGGUUCUUCAGUGGGGUUUGGUGGCCAGAAUUUAUUAUAAGGCGGUGACCAAGAAGGAGGACUUUUUCAGUGCCUGGAAUGCAUGUCUUCAUCAUGUCACCUCCCUGCCUCUGGCACACAUCCACAGGGUGACUUUAGAGCAGUUCUCCCUGGCAGUGAGGAGCUGUCCUGGCCAAGAGGACCAGGCUUUGCUAAUUGAAGGUAGGUUAUCAGACAAAUUUUGCAUGUUAUUUGGAACCAAGCUGAUGUUCCAGGAGCAUGCCUGGUAUCUGGAACAUAAAUAUUUGACUUCCACGGCCAGCAUGAAGAUUAGGAGUCAGUUGCUGGAUUUGUGCGACUCGGUGAAGGAUGAUGCGCUGAGGGUGAUCUCCGCCUUUAACACCUGCCUCCAUGCACCGAUCGCCGGAAUUACCAACCCGCAGGCCUCGUGGGCCUUCUACCCAGCACCGCUGCAGCCCCUGGCGCGGGAAAGGACGCGGUCUCAGAGGCCCAAGCUGGGAGCCAAGUUAUAGCGGGAGUGGCGGGAAGGGUGGUGGCCCGCGCGCAGCUGCCACGACGCUCGCUGCUCUGCCGCCUGGUCUAGGGCCCCGGCCGGGCCAAUAUGCGCUGAGCCGCGUGACUUCGGGGGCUCGGGUCGCCAAGCGGUGCCUCGCCGAGGCUAGCGAAGCGAACCACAGCCUGUUGGGGAAGGGAGCCAGGCGGCUGCUCCCUUUAUCCUGUUCCAGUAAACCCGCCUGUCCUGGCACGACCUCUCCUAGCGUAGGCUUCCAGGCCCCUUAAGGCAGAGUGGGCACCGCUGCGGGCGCGCCCCAUGCCUGGGUGUUGUGAGGGGUCUCCGCUGUCGGCGGUGACCCAGAUUCCAAGUAAUUUUGAAAAACUGUGGUGCUGGGUGAAAAAAAAAAAAAAAGCAUAAAAAUCACACCCGCGGGCAAAGGUUCCGUUCAGCAAACGAUGCUUUUCCAGUGAAGCAGAUCCUCCUGGGCUCCGCGAGGAAGCGCACGGGCGAGGAAAGGAGAGGGCGAGCCUGGAGCUUGCUCUCCGCAGAGCGUGCACCCUGGCUUGUCCUCCCAGCAGGCGGCUUCCGGACAGCAGGACUACGCACAGAAAACAUUUAUCGCAAAAAAAUUUGUAAUUUCUUCUUUAGAAAAGUGUACCAAGUUUAAUAAAGAAAUUAAGCGAUGAGAAAGCGCCCCCGCUGCUUGCAGGGUACGGGAGGCUGUCCAGGCAAUAAGCUGUAAGAAGUUGGUUUCGGAACUUGGGGAGACCACACCAGCGACGCCUGUUGGUCCCCACAAGGGUCUUGGAUUUCCCAAUUCUCAGAUCUCCCGCGGCACGACUUGGCUCUUGGUCCUCUCUCAAGGCAAGCCAUUCCCCUUUCCUUCCUCUGCACACCUCGCAGCGGAGGCUGGAAUUGCUUGGGCCCAGUUUCUGGAGGGCCUCCGAACGCGGAGGGAGAGGGCGGGCGGAGCUCGCGGUCACCCGACUCGGGGCGCUCGGCCGAGUCCCCAGCACAAUAUGGGCUGCAGGAACAGUAGCCUCUGAGCCGACCUCCUUGUUUGUGCCCCAAAAUUAGAGCUUUGGGCCGGCCGGGGUCCCCGACGCCUUCGUCUUUUAAAGUGUCCGCUAGAGCGGAGGACGCGGGGGCGGCGGAGGUGCUUCGGAGCAGACGACAGCCACCAGGGCUUGCUUCUGCGUGGUUCUUUCCGGUCCCUGCCUGCGAAGCACCGGGCGCGCGGCGGGCUUGGAGCUGCGAGAGGGCGCAGGAGGUUCGGUCGUUCACCUCGGGUGCCACGCCGGGCAGCUAAGGCACAGAGUUCGCCUGCGGCCGCCAUCCGAAAUCGCUGUCGCGAGCGCCCAGCCGCUGUCUGGGUAGACCUCCGGCUUUGCCUUCACUUCGACGCGUCCACGGCCAGGCCCCUUCCCUCCUGCAGCGAAAUCUCCGGGCGGAGCCGGGUGCGCGUCCUCGAGCCCCUCCAGGAACCCCUGGCCUCCUUCGCUCCACUCGGCACUAGCUGGAAGAUGCUCUGAAAAGACUUGAGCCUGGGGCUGUGCUGUCACAUUGACGUCCUACAUCUGUUGCGAAGCGUGAAAACUGACCAGGGUGGCCAGACUGCAGGACAGCGCCUCGCCGACUUGCUUCUGUGCACCGGGGACCCUUCCUUCUCCUUUCCGAGGUGCGGUUAGGGCGGCCUCUAAACUGAGUUUCUUUAAUCCGUCUAACCUGGACUCUUCCGUGGCGAGAUGUCCCUUCUCCCGGCGGUCGUUGUCCCCACUCCCCGGCCGCGGCCAUCUCAAAGCCCGGGGAGCGCAGGGAUGGGUUGCGGCCUCAGAGCUCGCACUGGGAGGGCAGAAGGGGGUGCGGACCCAGAAGAGGGCCGGGGCCGCGACGGAGUUUGAUGGCUUGGGAAUGAGUGGCAGUGGAGCAGCGGACUCCAAGGUGGAGAGGCUGGGGUGCGCGGGGAAGCGGUUGGGGGUAUUGCCCUUCCCAGACAGCCGUCUGCCCGCGCGGCCCGACUCGGCUGCACGGCGUUCACUAGUCUCAGCUUCGAGGGGGGCAUUUCCUGGAUAGUUCUCGUCGCCCGACAAAUCAAGGAUCCCAACCUAGCAGAGGCACCACGUUCUCUCUCACCUGGAGGCCACGAUUCUUCUCUGUCCUUUUUUUUUUUUCUUAAAAUGAUUUUUUUCCGGUUUUUUCAUUUUCCUUUUUUACCUGCUCAGCGUGCACUCGAUUCCUGUCUCGCACCCAGGCUGCCAAAAAGUCUCCGAAUAUCGUUUCUGGCCUUUUUCUCGACCUCCCCACUACGGGCUCCGCCUCUUAGGGGCUCCCGUUUGGCGCGGGAGAAAAGCUAAGUGCCCCGGCGGGGCGGCCUGAGCAGGGCACCUAACAGUACCGCGUGAGGCUAGGGCGAUAAGAGGAGCAACCUGCUGAUCAGGGUCCCAAGAGCCCGGGACUCUUGGAGGGUGCAGAGGCCAGAGACCCUCUGCUCAACCUUUCACUAACCCAGACUCCCCCACUCCCACCCCCGCGCCUGCCCCAGGGGGCUGAGAAAGUACCGUAGCCGAACCAGGGCUCAGGGGUGCCUCCCGAAGCUUUACGCGGGCGGUAGCGGUCAGGCGGGCUCAGAGUGUGCCCGCAGCGCCCCCUGUGUUCCACGCGCGUGACGGGGCCGCGGCUGGACAGAGAAGAGGCAACAGUACACUGUUGGGGGGAGGGGUGCGCCAGCCGCCCACAGCUCAGUCACUCCAGUAAACAUGCCCGGCGGCGCGCACAGGGGUAACCCGGCGAGGAACCACCGCCCCUACCUGCCGGAGCCUGCACGCGCCGGCGGCCCUGGCGCCGCGGGGGAGGAGCUUGCCCGCCCGCCCGUCGGGGCGGGACCUCGCGGGGGCGGAGCCCACGGUGAUUGGGCGCGAGCGCGGGCCCCCAGUCCGAACGGGGCUGCGGGGCCGCGCAGGUUUCACUUCGCUCCGCGCAGCCUCCAGGUCCCCGUCUUGUAGUAGCACUCUGCGCCGCGUCGCCGCCACCACCGCCACGGAGUUCUCGCAGCAACCCUGAGCACCCUGCCCCACUGCGACCAGCAUCGCCUCGGGCUGCUCGGUUCGCCUCUCUCACGCCGCCACCGCCUCGGCGCCCUUCCCCUGGCUCUCGUCCCCCCAAUGUCUGACUCUGACUCUCGAACUGAGAAACGCAAGGUAAAAACCUCUGAAUCCUGAGGAGCGGGCCGGGUAGAUGAAGACAGCCGCGGAACCAGCAGGGCUCCACCUUCUGCCCGCUUCCCGCGCACGUGCAGUCAGAGACGCCGUACCCGUCCCGCUAGUCGCCCGGCAGGAUGCGGUGAUCAGUGCAG